AUGGAGGUGCAAGAAGGUGCACAACAGCUUGCUGCAAGCACCAAGAAUCUGCAGACGGUGGACGACCUGAUGGGGAGCCUGCGGCGCAAUCCCAGCAUGAGGCGAUGGAUUUGCUGGAUUGCCUGUGCAUGCGUCGCGUUGUACAGCUUGAUCCCUGCUGCAGCCAUCCUCCCAUUGGCAUUGCAAGUUGAGGACUGGCACACGUCGUUAAGUCCGGAAAGCUUUGACAACACGCUUCGUCUGCUGCAGACAGAUUAUGGAGGGAGCAAAAGCAUGUAUUUUUUGUGUUUUCUACUGAACAAACUGCCGUGGAACUUGGGCUUUCCGCCUGCAUCAGACAUUCAAGCUGCUGCCCCUGCAAUGUUUGGCUCUGUGAUCACGGGAUCCGCAUUUGCAGCGCUUUUCGACACUGCUGCAGCGACUGUGUUCUUCUUGGCAGGCCGAUUCCUGUGCCGCUUGAAGUUGCAGGGCAAGCAAUCUCCCAGGAUGCUUGCUCUGGAUGCUGGUCACAAAAUGGCGGAGGAGGAUGGGCUUCGGCUGGUGCUUCUGCUCCAGCUAGGCUUCGGCCCUGGAACGCCAGACGGUGCCAUCUCACUUGGAAUGGGAGCUCUCGGGGUGAGUCCGUCGAAGUUUGUCCUGGGCCAUGCAUGUGGUGCAUUGAGGUGGUCUUUGGAGCUCGUAUCUUUAGGUGCUAUGUCACCGUCCACUCCGACAAGUUUGCAGGUCGAGCUCCUGACACUUCUGCAGCUCGUCCUUGCCGUAGCAUCUGCCCUGGCGAUCACAUUUCUCACCUUCGACCUGCUGGAUCAGUUCCUUGGACGCUUGUCCGCACGGCACGCUUCCACUUGGCCUUCCGUGGAGCCUGUGGACGUCUGGUGCACCCUGCCAACCGUCGACCUGGGCCGCAUGGAAGCUCCUCCGACCGAGCCUUGCUUGGUUUCGGGCUACGAGGUGCCGUUUUCCCUUCGGUCGCUCGAUGACCUCGUGGAUCCGAGGUAUCCGUGUGGUGACCACCCAGCAUUGAUGAUGUAUUCGCCAACCGGCAUUUUCUCAUCUUAUCCGGUGGAGCGAGAAGUUGUGCAGCAUGCAGAUGGCCUCCGCUUUGCGGACGGCUCACCAGAGCGGCCAGCUCACGUGCAUCGGAUGGAAGACUUUGGCGAAGCUAUUUCCCAUUUGUGCAGACACAAUCCGUGCGACAUUCAGUUUACCAACACUGGGAGCAAGCCUGUGAUGUAUUUCCGCCAGGGCUUUCCACCAAGACAGCGCGAUGAAACCCUUCGAAGAAUGGGAAUGGAUCCCGAUAUUUUCACGGACUUCUCAACCUAUUGCUCAGAUCUGGGCUCCGUGACCAACUUCCACUACGACCAGAGCCCUGGAUUUCUUCAGAUGUGUUCGGGACGCAAGAAGGUGCUGAUCGUCCAUCCGCGCUAUUCCGAGUAUAUGAGUUCUCCAGUCGACGAGAGGCGAUCUUGGAUUACGACGGAAACGCAGGCUGUCACUGUUCCACAUUGGAACAUUACGCUGCUUCCUGGUGAUUGUCUCUACAUUCCAGCCGGGUAUUGGCACCAGGUAACAUCGCUUGACUCACCCACAUUGGGGACGGUCGUGCGCUACAAGAAGAGUACAAACAGGUGA